AUGCUGCAGUCGAGAUCCAUCUUCGCGGCCUUGCUAGCCCUGAGCUUCUUCUUCAACGGGGCACAGGCGUGGUUCUGGCGCAGCAGGAUAGUCAUCGGCUACGCCAUCGUUUCCGAGGAGCAGGCUGCGCGCAUUAAUCAGGAUCACAAGUUGGGCUUACAGGAAUUCUCGUACACUCCUCAAUUAGGACCUGGCUUUUAUCUGGUCAACAAAAUUGAGAACCUGAUGAGUCGAGCCGGGGGUCGCUACUGUGCGGUCCAGGCGCGGAAGUGGAAGGUGCGACGUAUCGCCAAGGUCAACAUCCCCGAGACCUACGACAAGAUGACGCCGCGUGGUGUCCGGACCCAGAGACUGUGGGCCAAGAGCGACAAGGUCAUCGAGGAGUAUAUCCAGACGAGGGCCCUGAUCACGCCGCCCGAGAAGGCGCUGCGCUUCGCGUGGAUUAUGGGCCUCGAAGGGGAGCUGCAGAUGGCCAUCCCGGCGAAGUUACUCAGUGACGAGAAGAGCUUGUAUUUGUAUGCUGAGUGCUUCGAGACCGAGCGGGAGCUGGCGGAGUUCUCGAAGGAGGUGAUCAGGUGGGACACGUGGAAGAUUACAGGAGAUCGUGGACAGAAGGGCUGGCUGAAUUAG